UUUGUGUUUACCAUUUCCGGUUAUGUCGGUGAACGAGUGGAUGUUUUAUUCUUAUAUUUGUGCAUAAUUCCAUUCAUCAUGCAGCAACCACCACCACAACGAUAUCCUUCGCAGGGUCCACCCAUGAGACCACCAUAUACCCAGGCUAGUUACCCCCAGGGUCCUCCUCGACCAGGCUACCCACCAGGACCCCAGAUGGGUGGUGGCCCUCGCAUGAUGGCCGGGCCAGGCAUGCCCCCACACCCUGUGUUCCCAGCCUCCACAUCUUCCUCUACUACAACCACCAAAGGCGCCAGUAGUAGCAAGGCCAAAGACACCGCCAGUAUGCCCCGCCCAGGAAUGUCGCCCAUGUCCCACGGCCCUCCACCAGGGAUGUCCACCAUGGAUAGGAAGAGGCCAGCCCCGCCUGACCCAAGGACAGCGCAUCAGUUAAAGGCUAAGAAGAAAAAGAAGAUAGCUGAUAAGAUUUUACCCCAACGAGUGCGAGAUUUGGUGCCUGAGUCACAGGCAUACAUGGACCUGCUGGCUUUUGAACGCAAGCUGGAUGCCACUAUUAUGAGGAAGAGGUUGGACAUCCAGGAAGCACUCAAGCGUCCUAUGAAACAAAAGAGAAAGUUGAGGAUCUUCAUCUCAAACACAUUCUAUCCCCCUAAGCCUGAAGGAGAGGAUGGAGAGGAGUCGGUGCCAAGCUGGGAGCUGAGAGUGGAGGGGAGACUGCUAGAGGACUCUGCAACAGCCAAGCUGAGUGAUGCCAACAAAGUCAAGAGGAAGUUCUCCUCCUUCUUCAAGAGUCUGGUGAUCGAGCUGGACAAAGAUCUGUAUGGCCCAGACAACCAUCUUGUGGAGUGGCAUCGUACACCCAACACACAGGAGACGGAUGGCUUCCAGGUGAAGAGACCAGGGGACCAGAAUGUCAAGUGUACCGUGCUGUUGAUGCUGGACUACCAGCCAAUGCAGUUCAAGUUGGACCCCCGACUGGCCCGCUUACUGGGGAUCCACACCCAGACCCGGCCCGUCAUCAUCAACGCCCUGUGGCAGUACAUCAAGACACACAAGCUGCAGGAUGAGCAUGAGCGGGAGUACAUCAACUGUGACCGAUACCUUGAACAGAUAUUUGAGUGCAAGCGAAUGAAGUUUGCAGAGAUUCCUGCCAAGCUACACCCUCUCCUGAUGCCACCAGACCCCAUCGUCAUUAACCACAUCAUAACAUUUAACCCGUUUUCCAGAGUUGAAGGUCCAGACGCCAAGAAGACAGCCUGCUAUGACAUUGACGUGGAAGUGGACGACACCUUGAAGCAGCAGAUGAACUCCUUCCUCCUGUCCACUCAGAGUCAGCAGGAGAUUGCCUCUCUCGACAACAAGAUCCAUGAGACAGUGGAGACAAUCAACCAGCUCAAGACCAACAGAGAGUUCUUCCUCAGCUUUGCCAAGGAUCCCCAGGAAUUCAUCAACAACUGGCUCAUCUCUCAGACAAGAGACCUAAAGAGCAUGACAGACGUGGUGGGUAACCCAGAGGAGGAGAGGCGCUCUGACUUCUUCUACCAGCCUUGGUCACAGGAGGCCGUGUGCAGAUACUUCUACAGCAAGGUUCAACAACGGCGCACUGAACUGGAGCAGGCACUGGGUAUCCGCAACACUUAGAUCUGCAGCAUCGACUGGCACAGCAUCAGCUGACACAGCAUCGACUCCAUCACUCCUGCAACAUCCUUCUCACCUGACACCACCUGGAUAGGAUCUGUGUCAUCCUGGUGGAAACUUGGUUGAACACCAGAAUGGGAUAACUGGAUCUCAUGAGUUUACUCUGUGGUUCUUUUAUGAACAUAAAAUGUAUUGUUACCAGGCACAUGUUUUUAUAAUCUCUGAGAUGUAAGAAUGUAAGAUGGGUGUCUAAAUCCAAAAGGUAUAAUAGAGAUUGUCAUAGCGAACCCAGAUAUUUUAUGAACAAAAGUGAAUGAAUUAAUCAAAAGUCAGCAUCAUAGCCAUUACCAUUCUUCAUACAUCUGUCACUGUUGACAGUUGACCUUCAUCAUGCUUCAGUAAUCAUGUACCUUCAGAAUAAAGUCCACUUCAUAUCUCA